AUGAGUUUUGGGAAAUCUUUCUACCAAAGUGAUCACUUAACAAAGCAUAGCAGAAUCCACACAGGAGAAAAACCAUACUCCUGUGAAGAGUGUGGAAAGGCAUUUUCGGAUAGUAGUGCUUUAAGACAACAUAUAAAAAGGCAUCAAGAAGGCCAGGGUACGUCUGGACGUGUUCCACCAAUCUAUGAUGACAGACCAACAAGAAAGCCAUAUGGAAAAUCAAAACCUUUUAAGUGUGAUGAAUGUGACAUGACAUUUACAAAAAAUGGUAAAUUCUUGGCCCACCAGCACACUCAUCGGCCAAACAAACAAUUCAAGUGCGAUGAUUGUGGAUGUGUUUUCCCAAAAAGUUAUACUUUAGAGGUUCACAGACAGAUGCAUGCCAGUGCUCCCCAAUCCCCAGCAUAUGCCCAAAGUACCACAACGGCCAUUGCAGUUAAACGGGAGCCUCGCUACGACGAUCCCCUUGCCAUGGCUACUGCUGCUGCCCAGGUGACUCCAGAUCUUGUAUUAAUUGGGCAGGCUGUAUGCUUUGUGAUACCAAAUGAGUUCCGUACUGGUGCCAAAUAUGCAUAUGACUAG